UGCAGCAGGAAUGUGGUUUGGUGGUUGAAAUGUCCUGUUAAAGGGAAGAAGAGGGUUGAUCAUCAUGAAUGGAUGUAUCGAUCUAGCUACGUUUACCGUAAAUUGAAAUUAUGUCUCGUCCUCUUUGAUUGCUUGAUUCUGCAAAGCUAGCUACGGAAGCUAAAAGUUGUGUUUCGACAGCUCAGCUUGUCUGUAGGUAGGCUAGCUAACGUUAGCUUCUUUUUUUAGGAACACAAACAACAAGGUCAUGCAUGCAGCCGGGCCUCUAGCCUGCGCUUUGUGCACCCCCAGCCCUUGAGCCACUCUCCUUCCAGUAGGUGGAGGCUCUUCCUCCUUCUAGCCUCCGUUCUCUCCACUGCCCCCAUCAGCCCCAGAGUUCCUUAUGUUAACCCUCUUGAGCAUGUUUUACUAUAUCUGUCUGCGGCGACGCUCCAGGAGUGGGACUCGAGGCGAGGCUCUGACCAGCCGGCGGGCUGUGGAGUCUGGACAGCGGGCCGUGAUGCCGGUCAGUGUGGAGGUGGAGCAGUAUGCCAAGGAGGUCCUGGACUUCAGUUCCCACUAUGGCAGUGAGAAUAGCAUGUCCUACACCAUGUGGAACCUGGCUGGGGUACCCAACGUCUACCCCAGCUCGGGGGACUUCACUCAGACGGCUGUAUUCAGAGCUUACGGGACUUGGUGGGAACAGUGUGCCAGUGCUCCGCCACCUUUCCGCCGCACCCCUAAAGGCUUCCAUAGCCAGGAUUAUAUCGAACUGGGCUUCGAGGAGCCUGUCUACCCUACAGCCGUAGAUGUGCUUGAGACUUAUUACCCUGGAGCCAUUGUCCAGAUUCUGGCCUGUUCUCACAACCCCUUCUCCCAGAACCCACCUACUGAUGUCAGGUGGGAGGUGCUGUGGUCAGGGGAGCCGACCAAGGUGCUGACACCCCAGGCGCGUCAGUUUUCCCCUAACAUCAAACACAUCAACUUCCCCACCAACCUGCUGCGCUUGGAGGUCAACAGCUCUCUGCUGGAAUACUACACCGAGCUGGACGCUGUUAUUCUGCGUGGGGUAAAAGAAAGGCCCAUGUUGGCGCUCUACAAGAUGCCUCUCAUUGACAUCAAUGACCUGAGUGACAGCGAGGAGGAGCUGUCUGAUGUGGGAUGUUCCUUCAGACAAGGAGGAGACGGCAAGCCCCAGAGGACCGGCAAUGGCUACUUUGACAAACUGCCCUAUGAGCUCAUCCAGCUGAUACUGAGCCACCUGACCCUGCCAGACCUCUGCCGUCUGUCCCAGAGCUGUAAGCUGCUGCACCAGCACUGCUGCGACCCGCUGCAGUACACCCAGCUGAGUCUGCAGCCCUACUGGGCCCGGCUGAGUGACGCCUCCUUGGGACACCUGCAGAGCCGCUGCACCCUCCUCCAGAGGAUCAACCUUUCCUGGACGGGAAACCGCGGAGCGCUCACCCUGACCGGCUUCAGCAGCUUCAUGAAGGCGUGUGGUCUCAGCCUGGGCUGCCUGGAGCUGUCGUGCUGCCACUUCCUGAACGAGGCCUGUCUGGAGGUCAUCGCUCAGGCUUGUCCCGGGCUGCAGGAGCUCAACCUGUCCUCCUGCGACCGCCUCCACCCGCAGGCCUUCGCACACAUCUCUAAACUAACACGCCUCCGCAGGCUGGUGCUCUACCGCACCAAGAUAGAGCAAACAGCUAUUCUGAGCAUCCUGACUUUCUGCAUAGAGCUGAGACACCUCAGCCUAGGGAGCUGUGUGAGGAUUGACGACUAUGACGGUGUGGCCAGUAUGCUGGCUGCCCGCUGUCGCUCACUCCGCUCGCUGGACCUGUGGCGCUGCAAAAACCUGACGGAUCGAGGCCUGGCCGAGCUCGUCUCUGGCUGCAGGAUGCUGGAGGAGUUGGACCUGGGCUGGUGUCCCACGCUGCAGAGCAGCACCGGGUGUUUCCAGCACCUCGCCCGCGGCCUGCCCCGCCUGCGCAAACUCUUCCUCACCGCCAACCGCACCGUCUGCGACUCAGACGUGGAGGAGCUGGCCGCCAGCUGCCCCUCCCUGCAGCACCUCGACAUACUGGGUACGCGGUUGGUGAGUGCUGCCUCCCUGAAGAAACUCCUCCAGUCUUGUCCACGGCUUCUCCUCCUGGACGUCUCCUUCUGUUCGCAGAUAGACACGCGGGUCGUCCAGGAGCUCUCUGGCCUCUUCCCCAAAGUGGCCAUCAAGAAGAGCUUCACCCAGUGACCCCGGCAUCGUCUCAUUUCCACAGUCCAGAGGAAGUAAGAGGAGUGAAGUGCUCGCCGGCAGACACUGCCCCAAAGCCAAUAAGAGGCAGGUCAGAUGCUGUCGGAGAUUGCCGACCUGCCUGCGUCUGCAUCACCGACACAAUCUUCUUUUUGCGUGUCAGUAAAUAAAGCAGUUUACCGGGUGAGGAGGUUCUUCGGAUUAUUGGCGGAACGGAAACAACUACAGACUCCCAGUCACAGGAUUAUAGAACGUGAGACUUUGCCGUUGUUGUUUUUUUGGGUUUUUUUUGGACACUUGAAAUCAGGGUCGUUGCAGUAAAGCUGCUACAUCUUCCCGGAAUCUGAUUCACCACUUAUGUAUUGCCAAGCAACACAAGGUCUGGGAAAUAUGCCUUGGUCCUGGAUGCCAAACACACAACAAAUUUGUGAGCAAUCCUCCCUUGAACAUCUUGUUAGGACAACAAAAAGGGACAAGAACAAGUGUGAAACAUACUCUUACUCAGAAACCGUUGGGAAAAAAAAGCUGCCGGAGGAUUAGGUAGUCACAUAUUUAGUUAAUAUGUUAAUAAUUGGUAAGGUAUUUAAAGAUCAGGGGUGUGGUCAGUGCCUUGUCAGAAUGUGCAGCAUUCACGCUGGCUGUUUUAAUUCAUGAGGGUCAUUCUGAAGGCAUCUAUCAACAUCAAGCCAGUUUGGUUUUAAUUCUAAGAACCACUUGAUACAUACUUGAUGCUGGUGUGUUGAAAGGAAUUAGUAGUGUUAAAGGUGAUAACAAAGGAGUGAACGCAGCCUUAUUUCAGACAGUGUACUGUGCAAGUACCAGUAAUUUGUUACUGCAAAGUGACUUUGAAAAGAAACGCACCAUCAACUGUCCUAGUGAAAAAGCAGACAGAAACAUUUAUUUUUAAUUUAAACGUGCAAUAUAAAUGACAGAAGUAGUCAAAAGACGGACUAACUCAUUUGAAAUAAAAGCACUGAGAAGUAAGACUUUUCAAAAAACCCAAAGAUAUACAUAUACAAUGAUA